UACAAAAGAAGCUGUAGAUGAAAACAUUCACACAGAGCCAUGAACAAUAUUGUGAUGUUAUGGUAAGAGGUGUGUGUGCUGUUACAUUUAAACAAACGUGUCAUGUAAUUGCUCAGUGAAUGUGCAAGGAGGAUGAACUUGACACAAGUUACUUAUUUUACUCUUGCUGCGUACUUUGAAACCAGAGUGUUCAAACACCUUUUGUUUCUGAUUUUGCUGGGUCUCUAUGUGUUGAUCAUUGUUUCUAAUGUGUUGCUGAUUGUAGUUAUCUGUAUGACCAGAAGUCUACAUGAACCUAUGUACCUGUUUCUGUGCAGCCUGUUUGUAAAUGAACUGUAUGGUAGUACAGGUUUGUUUCCAUUCCUGCUGCUUCACGUUCUCUCUGACGUUCACACUGUCUCUCUUUCCUUGUGUUUCCUGCAGAUCUACUGUGUUUACUCGUAUGCCACAAUCGAGUUUUUUACCUUAGCCAUCAUGUCAUACGACCGUUUCCUUGCUAUAUGUUACCCUCUGCAGUACAGCACACGCAUGACCUUUAACAGGAUUGCUAUACUCAUUGCUAUAACAUGGUCACUUGCUUUUUUUAUGAUGAGCUACACAAUAUACCUGACUUUGUCUCUGCAACUGUGUGGAAACACCAUUAACAAAGUUUACUGUGAUAACUAUUACAUUGUCAAACUGUCCUGUGGUGACACUACAGUCAACAACCUCUGGGGAAUGAUCACUACGGCGUUCAUAGUCUUUGUUCCUCUGACUUUGAUCUUGUUCACAUACAUGAGGAUUUUAAAAGUUUGUUUCUCUGGUUGUAAACAGACAAGACAGAAAGCAAUCAGCACCUGCACACCUCACAUGGCCUCACUGCUCAACUUCUCCUUUGGGGUUUGUUUUGAAGUUUUACAGAGCAGGUUUGAUAUGAGCAGUGCCCCUAAUAUUCUAAGAAUAUUUUUAUCUUUAUAUUUUCUUACAUGUCAGCCGCUGUUCAACCCUCUGAUGUACGGACUCAGGCUGUCCAAAAUACGUCAUGUCUGUAAAUGUCUGUUUCAUUCUGACAUGUAG